AUGGCCAGCACUCGGCCAGUGAUGUGGCCGCCCGACCGCGGGUUCCGGCGCGAGCCCCCCACAAAUUUGGAUGCUGAAAAUAUCAGCGCCUUCGAGAAGAUUAUCCGCUACGCCGAGAAGGACGACCUACUGCUGUAUUUGACCGCACUAUUUGGGGUCUUCAUGCCGGCGGUCAUGUAUUUUGUCUACAAAACGGCGCAUGCCAAGUAUGAGGCGUACGCUAAGGUGAGUGAAAUGGGAUUUUGGGUGGUUUGGAAGUUAAAAAAAAUAGAAAUUGAAAAAAAAUUUUUUGUUUUUUUUAAUUUUUUAAUUGAAAAAAUUGAAAAUUGGAAAAAAUAAAAAAGUUGAAACCAUCUUUUUAAAAAUUUUUUCGAUUUUUUUGAAUUAAAAAAAUUGGAAAAAAUAUAAAAUAUUUUUUUUACUAGUUCUUUUAUAAAUUUUUUAAAAGUUUUUUUUUUAUUUUUAAUUAAAAAACUCGUAAAAAAUCCAGAAAAGUCUCAAAAAAUGUUUUUUUUUCCAAAUUUUAAUUCAAAAAAAUCAUAAAAAAUCCAGAAAAAUCUCAAAAAAAUAUUUUUGUUUUUUUUUCAAUUUUCUCAAACCAAAUUUUUUAAAAUUUUUUCAGAAAAAACGCGAAGAAAAACGAAAAGAAAAAGCCCGACAACGAGCGCUGACAUUGUUCUACAUGCCGGUCUCGGCGCAAUUCAAAAAAUUGGCAUUUGAAUUGGCCGAAAAGUUGGAAUCGUUUGAUCCAGUGGUGGUCUCGCUGAUUCCCGGCAAUCUGAAAAUGUUUCGGGGCUACAAGGUAAGAGUCUUUGAUUUUAUCAAGACAAAUCCACAUUAUUUUCCCGAUAGUCUGACAUCAGUUUGCCGGGAAAAUGCGCAUUCUGUUGUAAUUUUUUUCCAUAGUAUCUGUGGGACUAUUCGCUUUUAUAUAGCUUCUUUUUUGCAGGGAUCUCCUAGCUUUUUAUACAGGGGCUUUUUAUACACCUGAUCUAGUGGCAAAAAGCGUACCAUUUUGCAUCCGGGAAGUAUCAAAAAUGUGGCAAAAUGCUUCCAUCUCCAAGUGAAAAAACUUCGUUUUGAAGGGCCCCUUUCCUCACAAAAAGAGCUGGCGCGCUUUUGAAAUCUGAGUCCGUCUCUUCAUUUUGCAUGCUCUCUCGACGUUAUAUUUCUCGACGUUAUAAAAAAGCAUGUUUGACUUUGAAGGGUCAUAACUCGACGUAGGAUUGAUCAUUUUUAAUGAUCUUUUUUUUAAACAAAAUGGCAACUACUAAGGAAUAAAAUGAGCUAUUGCUCAUUAAAAAUGAGCAAUUCUAUAAAAAGUUUUAAGCAUUUUACAUCCGCGAACUUAGCUGAACCGCCCUGUAUGAGUAUCUAUGCGAAAUUUAAAGAAGAUUGAAAAGUUUUUCUUGAAGAAAUUUCACUUUCAAGACAUGAUGAGCCCUCUACAUAUCCGUCUGUCGGGAAAAUAAUGAGCUUUCCGUCACAUCGAAAAUCGCAUCACCGUCGAAAAAAUGAAAUUGUUUCGCAGAAAAAUCAAUUUUUUUCAAUUCAGCGAUGCGUUCGGCGCAACGACAUAGUGCUCAUUAGUUUCCCGACAAACUUAUAGUAGCAAAUCAGUCAAAAAUUCACAAUUUUCCAAUUCCAGGGAGUGAUGAUAUUCCUCAUACCGGACCUCGAACUUCACGAGCUCAGCGAAGAAGCGGGCGGCUGGUUCUUGGACUGGCUCCAGGAGAUGCGUUUCGAGGCCAGACAAAAGGAUCUCUUGGCCAACCUGCGAUUUGCCACGUUGGCGAUUGAUUUGGAAAAUGAGAGAGAAGAGCCGCUGGGAAAGGCAAGUGAUGACUUUAAAACGUUUUUAUUCGGUUUUUAGAUCACAAACAACCUGAUUAAACGGCUCACCGCGCUAAGUGGAAGGCAGCUGCAUGCGCCGACUUUUAUGGGGAAAAAUGAGAAAAUGGGUAAGAUUUUUCUUUUCAGUCGUAAAGGACCAAAAAAAUGAUUACUUGAAGACAAAGUUUCGUUGUAUGGAAACUCAUUUUGGGCUAAAAUUUGCUCUUGAACCCCUGAAACGUCUGUCGGGAAAAUAAUGUGGAUUUGUCGCAGAAAAGUGUAUUCACAAUAUUUUCCCGGCACACAAAUAUUUGGACAACGCAAUGGCUGCCCCUAAAUUAAUACCAUUCUGCCCCCAAAUUCUCCCAUUCUGCCCCCAAACACAUGCCCCCAAAUAGGAGGUUGGAAGGUGCCCCCAAAAUAUUCCCAUUAUGCCCCCAAAUACAAAAAUUAGUGUAGGGUCAUAUUUUAUGGUGGUAGUCACACCUCGGGCUAAAAAAUUUGAAAAUUCGUAGUGGCGAUUGCGUAAUAAGUAAAAAUUCUAAGAUUAUGACUAAAUGUCGGAUAUAGGGGUAAUCGAUGGCGCUGAUUUCGAAAAUGAUAUUCAUUUUUAAUGAUUCUUACGAUUUCGCUUAAGCAGUACUGUAAAGUAGUAAUUUUUGAAAAUUUUAGAUGAGAUGUCGAGUUAUAGGUAAUCGAGGAUGCUGAUUUUGAAAAUGAUAUUUAUUUUUCAUGAUUAUAACUUUUUUCUUAAGUAGUAGUGUAAAGUAGUAAUUUUUGAGAUUCCUGAUGAGUUGUGCCGUAAAGUUGUGAUUUCUUUGUUUUUAUUUUAUUUUUUUGAUGAAUAGUUAGUUAAGUGCAAGGUAUGUGUUAUUGUUGGUUCACAAACUGUGUUCAUCUUCUGUAGUUUUUAUUCACCUCCAAUCUGUUGGCAGAAGAAUUUUUGCUCAGAAUUUUCUGUCAAACCUGGCAUAGCGGCAGGCUAUCCCAAGCCAAACAAUUUUAUAGCAGAAAAAUUUCUGUCAAACCCCGCCCAUUUUGGCGCGCUCGAUGAAGGGCAUAAGCAAUACCGUUGAUGACUCGAAGUAAUAAUCGCAUGAAAAACAAUCCUGUUGGAUAAUUGUUCAGUCUAGCAUUUAUCACAAUAAAAAUUUGAAAUAUUUUACAAAUAUUGUCAACUCCUUCAGGUCCGUGUGAUAUCACCUAAAACAAUACCUGCCUAAUUGCAAUAAAUCGAUAGAGAAAACGUUUAAACAGCAAAUAACUUGCGUAAAUUUAACCUAUUCUUGUACGGACAACGUCACAAAAUAGUACGAUUGUUUUUUUUUCUUUUUAUGACAAAAAAUUUUAAAAAUGUAACUAUGUUGUCUAAAGAGAAGUAUUUCUAAAUUUCAAAAAGUUUUUUUUUGCUAAUUUAAGUUCUUUGAGCAACAUCGUGUUAUUAUCCAAUAGGAUUGUUUUUCAUGCGAUUAUUACUUCGAGUCAUCAACGGUAUUGCUUCUGCCCUUCAUCGAGCGCGCCAAAAUGGGCGGGGUUUGACAGAAAUUUUUCUGCUAUAAAAUUGUUUGGCUUGGGAUAGCCUGCCGCUAUGCCAGGUUUGACAGAAAAUUCUGAGCAAAAAUUCUUCUGCCAACAGAUUGGAGGUGAAUAAAAACUACAGAAGAACACAGUUUUUGAAUCAACAAUAACACAUGCCUUGCACUUAAUUAACUAUUCAUCAAAAAAAUAAAAUAAAAACAAAGAAAUCACAACUUUACGGCACAACUCAUCAGGAAUCUUAUUCUGGAAUCAGCACCCAUAAACCCAACCAAUUCAAAAAAUCUCAAAAAUUACUACUUUACACUACUACUUAAGAAAAAAGUUAUAAUCAUGAAAAAUGAUUAUCAUUUUCAAAAUCGGCAUCCUCGAUUACCUAUAACUCGACAUCUCAUCUAAAAUUUUCAAAUAUUACUACUUUACAGUACUACUUAAGCAAAAUCGUAAGAAUCAUUAAAAAUGAAUAUCAUUUUCGAAAUCAGCGCCAUCGAUUACCCCUAUAUCCGACAUUUAGUCAUAAUCUUAGAAUUUUUACUUAUUACGCAAUCGCCACUACGAAUUUUCAAAUUUUUUAGCCCGAGGUGUGACUACCACCAUAAAAUAUAACCCUACACUAAUUUUUGUAUUUGGGGGCAUAAUGGGAAUAUUUUGGGGGCACCUUCCAACCUCCUAUUUGGGGGCAUGUGUUUGGGGGCAGAAUGGGAGAAUUUGGGGGCAGAAUGGUAUUAAUUUAGGGGCAGCUUCACAAUUAUCCCAAAUAUUUCCUUUGAGAGAAACACAUGACUCAUUUAGGAAGACUUGGCUCUAUGGGUCAGGUGUUCCUCUCGUGUAUUGUUGAACAGCAAUGACAUUUUUAAUACAUCAAUAUUUGCCAUAAAAGGGUCUGGUUGUAGCGAGAUUGAUUUUGGCCGAGAAUGGGCUCGUUGCCCGAACCCUGUUUGGUUCGGACCGAUUCUCCGCAUUUUGUGUUCUUUCUUACCAAAAAUACCGAAGAAUAUAUUGCCUACCGUUGAGAAGCGAAGGCCAAACGUAUCAAGGGCUUAUUUAUGGCCAGUUCAAAAAUAAUAUUCAAGAAUUUUAAAAAGCGAAAUGAUACUCCUUGAAACACUUGCCUUUUUACCUAAUCCUCCAAUCUUUUCAGAUAUCGAAUUCCAGUUGGCGGAGAACGCUCAAAUGUUCAGCGAAGCGAUCCGAGAGUCCUGGGAAGAUGCUGAAACCGAUGAGGACCUGCUCAGUACCGAAGAGGAAUCCGACUUUGAUAUUGAUGAUCUGGAAGAGGAAUUGGGCCCAGAGGAAGAGCCCAAAAAGGACAAAUGA